ACCGCCCCAAUUAGCUGGACCAGCGGUGGAGUAAUCCAAUAAAACAGUGAGUACAACUGCCCCGGUCCCACCACUUUCAACCAGAGCAGGCAGGGGAACAAGGCCGCGGGGAGGGAAGACUUUCCUGUGCCACAAUGACGGAGCGGUUCGACUGUCACUACUGCAAGGAGUCGCUGUUCGGGAAGAAGUACGUCCUGCGGGAGGACAACCCGUACUGCGUCAAGUGCUACGAGAGCCUCUACUCCAACACCUGCGAGGAAUGCAAGAAGCCCAUUGGCUGCAACAGCAGGGAUCUGUCCUAUAAGGACCGCCACUGGCACGACAAUUGCUUCCACUGCUUCCAGUGCAAGCGCUCACUGGCGGACAAGCCCUUCUCCACCAAGGACGAGCAGCUGCUCUGCACAGAGUGCUACUCCAAUGAGUACUCCUCUAAGUGCCACGCCUGCAAGAAGAUCAUCAUGCCCGGCUCCAAGAAGAUGGAGCACAAGGGGAACAGCUGGCAUGAGACCUGCUUCACCUGCCAGCGCUGCCAACAGCCAAUCGGCACCAAGAGCUUCAUCCCCAAGGACAGCCACAACUACUGCGUGGCCUGCUAUGAGAAGCAGUUCGCCAUGCAGUGUAUCCACUGCAAGAAGCCAAUCACCACCGGCGGAGUGACCUAUCACGACCAGCCGUGGCACAAAGACUGCUUCCUGUGCACCGGCUGCAAGCAGCAGCUGUCCGGCCAGCGGUUCACCUCCCGCGACGACUUCGCCUACUGCCUGACCUGCUACUGCAACCUGUACGCCAAGAAGUGUGCCUCCUGCACCACGCCCAUCAGCGGUCUGGGAGGGAGCAAGUACAUCUCUUUUGAGGAACGCCAGUGGCACAACGACUGCUUCAACUGCAAGAAGUGCGAAUUGUCCCUGGUGGGCCGAGGCUUCCUGACCGAGAGGGACGAUAUCCUGUGUCCCGAGUGUGGCAAAGACAUGUGAGCCCCCCACCCCGAAAACCUGGGGAGGAGGCGAGGCCGUCGUGGGCCCCAAAGUGAGAGACGACGACAACAUCCGAGCACAAGAAACACUAACCGUUUUUUCCUUCUCUCACAGACUACUCCUACUAACAGAACGUGCCGUUUAACCGACAUUUAUGAAUUUACCCAAGUGUUCUUAAACCCGUUUUAACAGUAUAGCUCUGACGUUUUGACUGCAUGCACUGACCUAAGGCUAUUUUUAAAUGUAUCUAAGCAUGAAUCUAAGAUAAAUGAAGUGACGUAAACAGACUUAUACUAUGAACAUGGGAAGGAAAUCUAACUAACUGAAAUUAAGGAUUUCUCUUGUCUUUUUGAAGAAGCCAAUAAUAGCUCUUGUCUAAGCUAUGGCUAAGUAAUUAUAUAUUUUACAAAGUGAGCUAACAGACAAUGAGCCAAACAGAUUUACAAUAUAUGAAAUUGCCAUUUUAACCUAAGA